AUGGGCAACUGUGUACAAAAAGAGUCAAAGGAUAUUAGUACCUUAACACAUUAUGCACUUAGGUAUUUAUGGAAUAAUAAUUUCUCAGCACCUGUCAAGGAUUUAUUAAAAUCUGGUGGUCGUUGUGCCCUAGACAUUGGAUGUGGGUCGGGGACUUGGAUAUUAGAAAUGUCAUACGACUAUCCAUCGACAAGUUUUGUUGGAAUCGGCAUGUUACCAAUAUUCCCCAACAAUAUCAAACCACAAAAUGUUGAAUUUCUGCUAUUUGAUAAUGAUGAUGGAUUGCCAUUUGAAGAUAAUAAAUUUGAUUUUGUACAUAUGAGAAUGAUGGGAUUAGCAUUAACGGAACAAGGAUGGCCAGAGAUGUUGAACGAGAUAGUUCGCGUGUUGAAACCAGGUGGAUGGUUUGAGUGUAUGGAAUCUGGAGGAUCAUACAUAAACGCAGGUCCAAUUGCUGAACAACUGAACACAGCACGUCAUGUAUCACUUGACAAAUUGGGAAUAAAUCCAACGAUGUAUCUAAAAUUGCCAAAAUUAUUAGAAGAUCUUUGUCAAUUUUCGAUUACUGAAGUAAAAGAAAAAGAGAUGUCAUGUUGUGAACAGAAAGAUCCCACUACUGGACUGGCAAGUAAUAAUACAAUUUAUAUGAGAGAAGUUCAUGAAAAAGUUAUGGAUGCAUUCAAGCCUAUGAUUUUACCAGAAUUAACAAUAACCGGUGAAGAGUAUGAUUCAAAGCAUUUAACUAUAGUUGGAUUACUUUUCUCAUUAACUGCUUUCAUAUUUGGAUUAUUAUAUGAUAUAUUCAACUCAUCUAGAGUCACUGUACCAUUAGAGGGAUUAAUUAGUGUUUUAUAUUGGACAUUUAUUCUAUACGAUGAACAACUUUUACUAGAUCCUGGACAGUCAAGAUUGCCGAUAUUGAUUGAUAUGGGGUUUCAUUUGAUACCGGCUAUUUGUUUAUGGAUUGAUUUCUUAUUUUUCAUGAAAGAAUUUAAAAAAUCUCAUAAUCACAUAUUCUACAUAUUAUUGUUUGCUUUUUCUUAUUCUGUCUGGGUCCAAUUUUGGUUCUUUCAAUAUGGAACUUGGCCAUAUCCGAUAUUAGCUAAAUUAGAAACACAACAUAGAAUAGGAUUUUAUGCAUGUUGUUCUGUACUUUUUACUGCAAUGUAUCAUAUUGGUGCAUUGGCUCAUUCAUUUUUCAAUAAGCCAACAAUCAUUAUUAUAAAAGACUCAAAAUCAAUAAAUUAG